GGCCUUAGGGGAAGAGCAAAAAGUAAGGAAGUAAGUUUGGUCAUUAGUUUGUAUUAGUAAACAAAUUUGAAUCCAAGAAGCUUAAUCUAAUAAAAGCAUAUGGAGCCGACACUGGCCGAGUUUGCAUGAUAUUUGGCUGUCCAGAUGUAUUUUCUUGUUAUAACAUUUGCUUUGGCUGGCAGUUAAAUGCUAAAGAAAGUAAAUGAAAAGGAUGUGAAUCCGUCUACAUUAAGGGAGGAAGGUGUUGCUCAAUCGUGAAUCAUUUCCUGAUUCGAAGAAUCUGUCUUUGAUUCUGCCUUUAAAAAAACGGAUUCUGUUCUUGCAAGGGCCAAGGUUGAAAUUCCCCUCGGAAAAAGAAAAAAAAAAGGUUUUUACAUCGAAAAGAAAUCUUCUAGACUUGGCAUUAUCUUCCCUCUCGAGCAUUGAUGGAGGUAAUUGAGGAUAAGCAUACAAAAGAUGGAACUACAGAUCUCAAAGGAAACCCAGCCAUCAAGAAGGAAACUGGCAAUUGGAGAGCUUGCCCAUACAUUCUUGCAAAUGAAUGUUGUGAAAGGUUGGCAUACUAUGGAAUGAGCAGCAAUCUAGUGAACUUCAUGAAGGACAGACUCAACCAAACAAACGCUGUAGCAGCUAACAAUGUCUCCAACUGGUCUGGAACUUGCUAUGCCACACCACUCCUAGGAGCAUUUUUAGCUGAUGCAUACAUUGGAAGAUAUUGGACCAUUGCUACUUUCAUGAUAAUUUACAUUAUUGGUCUAUCGCUGCUUACAAUUGCUGCAUCAGUGAAAGGGUUAAUGCCUGUUUGCCAUGAUGAAGUCUGCAAAACCACAUCAGCACAGUCUGCAGUUGUAUUCUUAGCACUGUAUCUCAUUGCUCUGGGAACUGGGGGAAUUAAGCCAUGUGUGUCCUCAUUUGGUGCUGACCAAUUUGAUGAUUCAGAUGAAUCUGAGAAGAAGAGGAAGACCUCUUUCUUUAAUUGGUUCUACUUUUCGAUCAAUAUCGGUGCAUUGAUUGCUUCGUCAGUCCUGGUAUGGAUACAGACUAAUGUGGGGUGGGGUUGGGGUUUCGGUGUUCCAACAGUAGCAAUGGCCAUUGCUGUUGUGAGCUUCCUCUUGGGUACACCAUUAUAUAGGCACCAGAAACCUGGAGGCAGUCCUUUCACAAGAAUAGCUCAGGUUUUUGUUGCUUCAUUGAGGAAAUCUGGAGCGAAUGUGCCUAAUGACAAGUCUCUAUUGUAUGAAGUUUCAGACAAAGAAUCUGCUAUAGAAGGAAGCCGCAAGCUCGAACACACCGAGCAAUUCAAGUUUUUUGAUAAAGCAGCUGUGCAAACUCAAGAUGACAACAUCGUAAGCUCUGAAGAUUCAUGGAAGCUCUGCACUGUCACUCAAGUAGAAGAGCUCAAAAGCCUCAUACGCCUACUGCCCAUCUGGGCAAGCGGCAUCAUCUUCUCAACGGUAUAUGGCCAGAUGAGUACCAUGUUUGUCCUUCAAGGAGACACCAUGGACCCCCAUCUUGGUCCCAACUUUAAAAUCCCUGCAGCUUCCCUCACCGUCUUUGACACCAUCAGUGUCAUCAUUUGGGUGCCAAUCUACGAUCGCAUAAUCGUUCCGGUUGCUCGAAGAAUCACCGGAAAUGACCGUGGCUUCACACAGCUCACUCGCAUGGGCAUUGGCCUCAUCAUCUCCAUCUUCGCCAUGGUGGCUGCAGGCGUAUUGGAGGUCAUCAGGCUUCAGAUGGUGGCAAGACUCAAUCUUUAUGAUCAUGAAGGCUACUUGCCCUUGUCAAUAUUGUGGCAGGUGCCUCAGUACUUCAUCGUUGGUGCGGCAGAGGUCUUCACGUUCAUUGGUCAGUUAGAAUUUUUCUAUGACCAAGCGCCAGAUGCAAUGAGGAGCAUGUGCUCAGCACUUUCGCUGACCACCAUUGCAUUGGGAAACUACCUGAGCACAUUUCUUGUCACCAUUGUCACUAAGAUAACAACAAGAAAUGGGCAGCUUGGAUGGAUAGCAGAUAAUCUCAACAGGGGUCACUUGGAUUACUUCUACUGGCUUCUUGCCAUUCUCAGCCUGGUGAACUUUCUGGUGUAUCUUCUGAUUGCAAAAUGGUACACCUAUAAGAAACCAACGAUUAUCGAAGGAUAAUGGUAUUGUCCGCAUAAUAGAGAUUUGGUGCCCCGUUUCUGCAUUUGUAGCUAUCAAGUUCAAUCUAUAAAUCUUUCUAGUUUAAUCAAGUCGGUUGUCUUUCAGGAUUUGCAAAGUUGUCAUAGUUUGCUAUUGGAUUUCGGUUCCCUGCUUUGCCAAAAUAUAUGCUUUCACCACAUCCCAUGUGGCAUAAUCAUGUAUAUUAUGGAGAUGAUUAAAAAUAGAAUAUUGAUGAAUCCUUUUUUAUGAAAGAUUAUCUGCUGUUGAACAUGCGUUGUACAUGUAUGAUGAAAAGAACAUUUCCAUUAAUUUCUUCUAACAGCU